CACGUACCAGCUGGGAAAUCCAAAAACAUCAAGACGCGACGCGCGCGUACAUGGCUCGCGCUACUCGAUCCUCUGCUUCCACCGACAGGCUCGACGACGCCGCAACUACCACCCAACUAUCUGCCACAUCAUCGGCUGCCGUUCUUAAGAAACGAAAACGUCGCUCAAAUUCACCAGAAAAUGACGCCCAACCAGUGGCCAAACAAUCUCGGACCGAGCUUUCUGAAAAAGAACAGAUGCCUUUGCCAUCACCGCUAUCCCUCAAAGAUGUUGGAGAGGUGCCUCUUGGGUCGGAGGAUGCUGCCAAGAUUCUCGAUGUCUUGAAAAUGACCGAUACACAGGGCUUGCUCGACCGCCUCUUUCCUCUUCCGAACGAUCCUUCAUCUUCUUCAAAUCCUUCAUAUUCGCUCAGAUUCUUGCUACAGAAUUCGCCACAUCAUCCCCUGUCUCUUCUCCGAUCGGCUGUACACAACCUAUUUCCUAUCUCCUCCAAGUCUCGAGCACUACCAUCUUCCCCUGCAUCGCGGCAGAUUCAGUUCUGUAAUCUCGCCCUCUCUCUCCUGGAUGAAGCUUCCACCCGUUCCCUGCAAUUUCCGUUGGAGGCUGACUCCAUUUUCCCAGCAGAUGCAGAAUCACUACAUGACGAGUUACCUGCAACGUCAGCCUCUGUUAACCAACCCUCGCGCAAGUAUGCACUUAUACAGCAUCUUCCUCAAGGCGACUAUUGGUCUUCUCUGAAUUCGACUUUACCCACUCCGUCCUCUGGGGAUACUCGCGAGCUGAAGGAUCUACCCACUGGAUAUGCAGAGCUGGUGUCCAUAUUUCCUUACCAAUACCCCCUUACCCGUACAACACCGCCAAGUCUUGGUUCAUAUCACAAAAAAGUGAUACCAUCACAAAAGCAGAAGAUGCCUAUGCAGAGACGUGCCACUAAAGGCAACUUUCUUGACUACGGCGUCUGGGGAAGCUUCGCGCCUACAUUUGAGCUUGAGUAUGCCGAGAUUGGCAGACAUCAGCUUGGUCAAGUUUAUUAUGGCCAAGAAAUGAGGAGGAAGGCCGCUGAAGAAAGGCGAAAUAAGCUGCUUCUAGCUGUUAAGAGAAUGCACCAAGAGGAUCACGCCAUGGAUGAAGUGGAAAAGAUCAAGGAGAGUGGAUCGGUCGCGGUUGAUGUGGAGAGUGAACUCAAGGAUAUUCUCCCUCCGGAAGAAGUGGAGAAUGUCAAAGCUGCCCUGAACAGCUUGGAAAUGCAAAGUUCGGUGGAGGAGCUUCUAGAGCGAAACCGGAAGGCUUUGAAUCGGCUCGAAGAACUCCAGCUCCUGCGACUUCAGAAAGAGGAUGGAGGUGUGAGUGUUGCCGAAGAAGGAUCGGAAGAAUGGGAAACAGCGCAAAGUAUCUUGGAUUCUCUGACUGUUUUAGCAUCACUACGACCGCGCGCUUCUGACUGCGAACCUUCUACUCUCAUGCCCACCGCAGAAGUCCUUCAUUCACUUCAGCGUACCUUGCCUUUGACAGACCCUGCCGGCUGGAAUGGAACCCUUCCUGCGGCACAAGCCGUUGCCCUUCGUGACGAUUCGACAAUCAAAUACCGAGCAGGAGCUACCGCUUCAGUACCGGCAAUAACGACAUCGGCAGCACCAGCACCAGCAACAGCAACAGCAACAGCAACAGCAGCUACUGUUACACCAUCCACGUCAUUUUCCGGUUUCAACUAUCAGUACGCCGCACCCCAGCAAGGUCAGUACCGUGCACCUGGUACAACCGCCUACACCGCUACAUAUCGACCGGGUUCCGCAACACCUUAUUAUCCAUCCUCGCAAUACCAGCAGCCGGCACAAGGAGGUCAGAACGCAUAUUAUAGCGCACAGGCUUAUGCUGCUAUACAAGCUACUGGUCACCAGCCAUAUGCCUACACAGGCUGGUUCUCGAGCUUUCAACCGAAUACAGGAGGAACCACUUCUGGAAGAGGCACGCCGCAACCGGCCACAAGUGCAGCAGCAAUGCCUAGUACUUAUGGAUCAUUUUUUGCCGCGACUCAUACGGGUACUGCCGCUGCGACACCACCACCACGGACGCCCGCGGUGGCCAAUACGGUCGUUGGUGCGAAACAGGCACAGUGGGCUGCUGGGUACGCACAACAAGCGCCGAUGUUGCCGUUACAUAUGAGGACCGCACAGAAUGGAGGGACAUAUCAGGCAAGCGCAGCUACUAGAUGACCAGGCUGGAACUUGAGGCUCCCUGAGAUGCUUCAAAGUUAUGUAUGUCGUGGUUUUAAUAACUGCCGCUUCUGCCUUGAUAUAUUUAUAUUUUCACUUGAAGAAGAUAAUUUUCGCUUCUUGACAGCACUCGUUUGACGAAUAGAACCGAAAUAACAUACUGUACUUGCAUUAUACAAAAUACGAAUUACGCGCUGCUCCUAGACGUUACA